CAUCACACCCCCUUCUCUCUCUCUCUCUCUCUCUCUCUCUCUCUCUCUGCUCAUCUGAUGACGCGCACCCACAAAAAUCUCUCCCCUCCUCCCCCAAUUCCCUCUCUCUCUCUCUCUCUAGAAAUCUAGGGUUUUCGCCGGAGCGAUUCCUUCCUCCGAUUGCAGCGCCAAGCUCGACCCCCUCCCCGAUUCGCCCAAUUCGGGAGCCCCCAAUUGCGAUUCGCCGCUCAGGCGUCGCGAACUCUAGGGGUUCGUCGCCAUUGGGUUCGAGAUUCCGCCAUUUCGGUGCUCUUGCGUCCUCUCUGGUCUUCUGGAAGUUUCGGCUCUUCUCGGGGGGCGACUGUGGCUCGUGCCUGCGCGCGGUCGCUGGGGGGAAACGUUCGAUCUAUCGAGGAAAGUCCGUUUCUUUGCGCUCUCCUUCCUUCCCCUUCCCUUUCGUCGUCGCGGUGUUGGCGGUUCGAGUCGUGGCGUUCCGGGUUGAAGUGUCGGAUUGAUGGCUACGGAGAGGGAGGAUGAGGUGGAUUACGAGAGCGAUCCCGAGGAGGGGAAGCGGUCGCUGUCGAUGCGUAGGCGGAGGGCCGCGAGCGACGAUGAGGAGAGCGAGAAGGGAGAGGAGGCGUCGGAGGUGGGAGGAGGAGGAGGAGGAGGAGGAGGCGGGAAGGGAUCUCUGAUGGGUCGGAUUCGCUCCGAGGAGUCCGACAGCGAGGGCGGGGCUGCCGAUUACGAGGAGGAGGAGGAGGGCGAGUUAGAGGAGGAGGAGGAAGGGCUGGAUGGGGAAGAGGAGGAGGAGGAGGAGGAAGGCAAUUACGAGGACGCGGAGGAAGUGAUUGUCGAGGAAGGAGUGAAUGAGAGACUGGCUGGGGAAGUGGAGAGGAAUGACGGGGUCAACGCGGCGCACGAUGAGGAGGAGGAGGAGAAAGAGGUGGUGGUUGGAGAUGCCAAGGGUGAGGGUCAGAUGGCCGUGGAGGAGUCUCUGGGUGAGUGGGGGGAGGAUCAGGCAGAAGAUCAGGUGGAGAAGAAGGAGAAUGAGCCUUACGCGGUGCCCACUGCCGGGGCUUUUUACAUGCACGAUGAUCGAUUUCGGGACAAUGUAGGUGGCCGCAGCAGGCGAACUUUUGGUGGUAGGAAGCUGUGGGAAUCAAAGGAUGAAAGGAAGUGGGGCCAUGACAAGUUUGAAGAGAUGACGAUGCAAGAAAGACGCUAUGAUGAGAGAAGGAGGACUUCCAGAGGUAAUUAUCGAGGUCGUGGUAGAAACCGGGGUGUUGACCGUGGAUAUGUUAGAGGGAACAGAGCAAGAGCUUUUGAUAACAAUAGUCCAGUUGACACAGGUAAUAAUAGUAGCAAUCAGAACCAAGUACCUAGAGGUGUGAGAGGGAGAGGGCCUAGAAGAUAUGAAAGUUCUCUCAAGAAGAGCAGUCAUGCACCACCAAAUCAUAACAAACAAUCCAAGAAGCCUCUUGAAGAAGCUUCGCAAGAUAACUCGGGGCAAGUGUUUAUAUCCAAUUUGAAUACAGAAGCUGAUCCAGCUCCUGCAAAAAAACAAACAUUUGCAUCGAGUUUGAAUUCUGCUUCUCCACCUUUUUAUCCUUCCAGCUCUUCUAGUAAGGAUAUUGCAUCAACACAGAAAAAGGGUGUGCAAGUUGGAAAUCUUAAUAGGAACAAUCGUGCUUCUGUGGUGGAUGACAAUUUUUCUGGGCCUCCUCCUAAUGCAUUGUUGCGAGGAAAGAACAUAGCUAAUUCAGUUGGCAUAGAUAAGCUCUCCAUCAAUGAUUCUGUCAUUACUUCUGCUGCGAAACCUUUGGCCACUUUGCGUGGUUCAUCUGUCAAUACUUCUCAGUCUUUUCAGACUAGGGCUCAAGGAAGGGCGAUGGCUCCCCCUGCGGGACAGAUGCCUUACCAAAAUAACCCUUCCCAGGGCCAAAGCAACAGAUUAUCGCCACAAGUGCAGGUCCAUGCUGGUCAGAGAAGUGCUGCCCCAAAUAGAGUUCAAACUUCCCCACAAGUACCAGGACAGCGUCCUGGUAGUGGAUCUCAAGCUUCCUCUCCUCCUAAAACAGCUGCUUCCGUAAAUUCAUAUGAAACUGCAGAGAUGGAAUCUGCUUCUGAAUCAAGCAAGUCAGCUGGAGCUUUGGUUGGAAAGGGAAAAGGCAGUGUUCAAGGAGGUGGGAGGGGCUCUUUUGUUUAUAGUGGUGCUCAUGUUGUGGGGGCUGGUGGGAAUAUGGGUGUUGGUCAUGGCGAUCAAAACUUCCCUGGUACUCCAGCAUUUUUACCUGUUAUGCAAUUUAGUGGUCAGCAUCCUGGAGUCCCGGCUGUCGGCAUGGCAUUUCCAGGAUAUGUUGCCCAGCCUCAACUUGGUCUCGGGGGAAAUUCUGAGAUGACAUGGUUACCUGUACUCGCGGGUGCCGCAGGAGCUUUAGGGGCUACAUAUUGUUCACCAUACAUUGCUGUUGAUGGUGCUUAUCAUGCUCCUUCGGGGCAGACAACUUCAAUGGGCACGUCAAGCAAGGAAGGUCAGUCAAACAAACCAAACUCUGAAUGGAAGCCCUCUCAGAAACCUGAACUUGUUAGUGAGGAACAUGGACAGCGACAAAAUAAACCUCGUAGAUACUCAGAGAUGAAUUUCGGCCAGUGAAGCUUCAAUAUCGUGGAGACUGAAUUAGCAAGUUUAAGGCCGCCUCUUAGGCCCUUGUGAUUUCCAGCUCUUGGUCUGGUGCACUUUGGGCCAACAUAUGUUCCAAGAUAGGUUAGGUUAAGUGGCAAAUACCUGGUCAUGCUGCAGUCAAGUUGAGAACCGUACUGUAGCUUGACGGGUGGUAGUUUCUUGUUUAAUGUAAGGUGUUCUGUUACUCGUCGGAUUUACCUGUGGUUUGGUUUCUAAAAGAAGCUUGUGAGAGAGAUAUGGUGACAGGCUUUUUCAGAGAGCUAAUAAGAAAAUGAAAAAAGAAGAAUCAAUGUGCAGCAGCAGCUGUUAUGAGACAUGAAGUUGAUAGUAUCGUGUGGUUACGUUCUGUGUCCGCGACAUUUGCAUCUUUCUGAUGCCCGGUUUUCCGGUUUGGUUAAUGCAUGGUUUUCACUUAUAUUCUCGAGAACAUUCUUCCGGGACAUGACUUGGCUCUAGUGCCAUGAUCCAAGUAUUAUGACUUAAUUGAGUGGGUCAAUGAUUCUUUUCCAUAAACCAUCUGUAUCAUCUACUUUCAAACUUUAAUAGUUAUUGGAAGCAUGUCUGUUAUACCUA